AUGGCUUUUCAGGAACUCCUAGACCAAGUUGGGGGCCUGGGGAGAUUUCAGAUACUUCACAUGGUUUUUCAUAUAAUUUCUGGCCUUAUAAUUUGGCCUCAUAUUCAAUUGGAGAACUUCACUGCAGCCGUCCCUGGUCAUCGCUGCUGGGUCCACAUCCUGGACAAUGACACUGUCUCUCUCAAUGACACUGGGGACCUCAGCCAAGACGCCCUCCUGAGAAUCUCCAUCCCAUUGGACUCCAACCUGAGGCCGGAGAAGUGUCGUCGCUUCAUCCAUCCCCAGUGGGUUAGAGUUAGUCACCUGAAUGUAACUUUCUCAAACAUGAGUGAGCCAGACAUGGAGCUCUGUGUGGACGGCUGGGUGUAUGACCAAAACUCCUUCUCCACCACUCUGACUGAGAGAGACCUGGUCUGUGGAUCUCUGUCACUGAAUUCAGUGGCUAGAUUCCUGUUCACGGCUGGAAUGGUUGUGGGAAAUAUCAUACAUGGCCAUUUAUCAGACAGGUGA